UAUUGACGACGUAUUUUUGUUUUUAUUAUUAUUGGUUUAUUUUGUUGUUUUUUAAUGUCUUACGUAGUAUGCACACUUUUGGCAGCAACAAGCAGACAGUGUGUAAGUUUAUGUAGGCCUUUUGAUAUUUAAUGGGGUUUAUGGGAUCAAUAUUAAAUCAAUUAAAUUAAACCUUAAAUCAAAUCAAUAUGUCUAUGGAGAUAUUUUAGUAAUAAUAAUCUAACUUAUUAUGAUGUGGCGUGCAGUUUUGUUGUGAUUUUUAUUUACAGCUUAAUUUUAUAUCUUUUUUUUUCUUUGUUUUUUCUAGAGAAACAGUUGAGCUUAUUCUGCGAUGGUUUUCUUUGACAAUGCUUCUCCCUUUAAGGCCACAGUCAGCUGCUGAGACAGAGAGAGCAUCGUCGGUAUUGUUGCAUCUCCGGUCUCCUCCUUUCCUCCUCCCUUCCCCUCCCUUCACUCAUCUAUCCAUCCGUCCACCCCCUCUCCUCUCCAUACGCGCACACACCCUGAUUUGCGCAUCGCCUCCUCCGGCAUAAUGACCAACGAUUCUCCGGAGGAGGAGACCCGAGCUCCGGGCGGCAGAGGUGGAGGAGGAGGAGGUAGUGGCGGUGGUGGUGGUGGUGGCGGAGGUGGUGGCGGUGCGAGAGGAAUCGCAAGAAGAAGCCGAGCGGACGACAAUGUCACGAUCCUGACAUCAUCCAUGGAUUUACACAGAGCCAGCCGGAGCCGGGCCAGCAGCAGCAACGACGCCGCCCAGAGCAUCACGUCCUCCGUGGAUCUGAGCACCUCCUCCCUGGAGCUGAGCAUCCAGACGCGGAUCUUUAAGAUCAUCGUCAUCGGGGACUCCAACGUGGGGAAGACCUGCCUCACCUUCCGCUUCACGGGGGGGAGCUUCCCCGACAAGACCGAGGCAACCAUCGGCGUGGACUUCAGGGAGAAGGCGGUGGAGAUCGAAGGGGAGACUAUCAAGGUGCAGGUGUGGGACACAGCAGGCCAGGAGCGCUUUCGUAAAUCCAUGGUGGAACAUUACUACCGAAAUGUCCAUGCAGUGGUCUUUGUGUAUGACGUUACCAAGAUGACUUCCUUCCGCAACCUACAGACAUGGAUAGAGGAGUGCAAUGGACACCGGGUGUCGGCGUCAGUGCCUCGAGUUCUGGUGGGAAACAAGUGUGACCUUGUGGACCAAAUUCAGGUGCCCUCCAACAUGGCGUUGAAGUUUGCCGACGCCCACAACAUGCUGCUGUUCGAAACGUCCGCAAAGGACCCAAGAGAAAGUCAGAAUGUCGACUCCAUCUUCAUGUCCCUGGCCUGUCGCCUGAAGGCCCAGAAAUCCCUGCUCUACAGAGACGUGGAGAGAGAGGACGGGAGAGUGCGACUCACGCAAGAGACUGAAACAAAAAGUAAUUGUCCUUGUUGAGGGAAAAGGAGGAGUGGGAGGCAUAAUGGAAGGGAAGAGGGAAGAGCAAAACUGUGCAUGUCAAGGAAGAGGAGGAGAGGAAUGACGGUAGUGUGGGGCAAAAAACAAGAGUCUUUUAAAAUUAAGUGCAACUUCCCAGGUUUAGCAGGAGGAUGGGUGGAGUUGAAGUUGUCAUGUAGAGGAGGGUGUUAUAAGGAAAGGAGUUGAAUAGGAGGAUGACACGGAGAUGGGGGUUAAAGCUUGCGGAAGGGGCCGAAACAUCGUUGGUGUUCUUUUUCUUGCGGAUGAAGAUUUGACAUAAGGAUAAAAAAAAAAAAAACGGGAUUAGGUGGUGACCUAUAUAGAGAAGAUGUUGCCUUUUAGACUACCGAAUAGCGUAGAAAUUCUUCCACUCAUUUGAGCAUAGACACAAUCGGAGUAAAUAUACUUUCUAUGGAAUCCACAACAGACAGUCCUAAUGCAAAGCUUUUCCAGACACCAGGCCUGGCUUGGUGUUCGUUGCAGCUGUUACUAACGGCGGCGUAGUGGAACUUUUUAACAGAUUUCUCGCUGUCCUUAAUUGUCACAUUUUUCACCACCAUUCUAACUGAAGGUACUGUUUCCCAACCCUUUUUUCUACUGCCUUAAAACGUAAAACACUGCCUCUAUCAUAGUCUCAAUGAACUAUUGUAGAGGUUUCGAGCAUUUUUACCCCCCUCAAAGUGACUUUUGUUUGUGCAGCCAAGCAAACGCUCUGAUAGGCUCGUACGUGGACUAUUUUGUGAGGAUUAAUGAGACUAUUCAUUUAUUUGACCUUAUAUCUAUCCAGCUCAAGCAGGAUUUAAAACUACAGUGAGUAAGCACGGGUACGAUGAGCAUACGCAUAAAAUAGGGGAGCAGAAAAAUCCAAGACCACUCAGUGGACCGCCAGAAGAAGUCCUUGACAAGAAGGUUUCCCGAACAUGAACCAUUUAUAGGUUUCCAGACAGCAUGUCACCUAUUGAUUUAGAAGCCGUCAGCUUCUCUUACCGUUACGCAGAAGAAAUGCCGUUUCCUAUGAAUAAGGGAAGGCGAGGCUUAUUUCUCAUCUUCUCAUGUACAGGUUUCUGGGGUCUUCAAGGUUUCCCCGCGACUUAGCCAUCUCUCUCUUUGUGUGCGACUGCAGAAAAGUCUAAUCCCACCCUUGCGUUGCUUCAAGAUGCUCCAGUAGUCCUCAUCCGCAACACAUUCUGUGAUUAACAUUUUUUCUAGAUAGAGGCCCGUUGGCCUCUUUAGAUGACGCGUUCUCCACACUGUGAUGAUUUGUACAUAUAAUGCAGAGGCCUUCGUGUUGCAGCCGAGGCCAGGAUGAGCAGUGAACUUUCAAGCCUAGUCCAGAAGUAACCGAGUGACUGUUGGUGCAGGCUGCGUGAAACCGAAUGCCAUAUUCAUUAUUUACUAUACCCAGUGUGGCAGUAUGAUUUACCCUGAGACCGCUCCCAGCUGGGUUAAGGGUGGAAAAACACACAACAUAACUCAGCGGUGAAGCUGCGAAGCCUUUGCGUAAUAGGGCAUCAAUCCAGUGCCCUGACUGUGAUGCUGUCAGUUUGACACGGCAGCACAUUUUAUCAGUGUAGCCUUCUUUUGAGCAUUGCUAUGAAUUCACCCGGAUGCCACAUGUGGGAAAAAAAAAAAUCAGAUCAGCGAGCAUUUAAGAGCAAUGCUCCCUCCGAGCUAAUCGUCUCGUGACCUGAUUAAAUGAACACACUGAGCAGUUCAAACACUGUGCAGAUCUAGAGAGCCACUGUGUGUCCAGUGCGUUUUGUUGAUCGUUCAUCGAUCAUCUCAGUACAUGCGUAUACCAGUAGCAACAGGACCAAGCAGCUGUUACAUGUGAAUCUAACUAGCUUACUGUACGAUACUGGGACAUUAUUGAUUCAUUGUGACUGUACGGGCAAAUCUGUGACAUCAAGACAAGACUUGGGUCUCCAUACGUAUAACCCAGAGCCUGGGCUCGGUAACAUUUUUACCGCUUAUUAUGUUCAUUAUAUCAUUGUGGGCUAUUGGAAGACAUCCCAGCACCUAAUACAGCGUACGCCUGACAGCUUUUUAUCCGAUUACACGUGUCUACAACUCUUUCUGUCAGUAGUUUAGCAAAACACAAAUGCUACGUCAGCCCCUGCGAUACAAGUGAGACGACCGUGCCAGCCAAACAGGAAGACAAACGCAAGAAGAAUAUGCCUGCGUUUGGGCAUUAGCUGAUCUGGAUAAAACAGCAUUUGACUUGGUUUCAAAUGACUGAAAAGGAAAGUGCUCCCCCUUUUACACUAUUUGAAAUCACAAGUGUUAAAUGUUGAUUUUUCCCCAGGUCUUUCAGUAACAAGUGUACAGUGUGCAAGUGCGCUAGCUUCCCCCCUUUUCUCUGUACCCACAACACGCCAUGUAUAUUAAUUAAUGCUUUUAUGACAUUUUUGCUCUGUUUGUGCUAUUGUUUCAUAACCCAUGCUUGCUCUUUAAGGGAUGGCUUGACAUCUUGAAAUUUAGUCUGGUAUUUUUCUUCAGAAUUGUUGAAUUAAUGAAUGACGAGCAAAAUCUGUAGAACACGACGCAAAGCUUGGACGUGCUGAACCAGGUAGUGAGUAGCCUAGGCCAAAAAUUCAUCUAAAUCUAAUUGCAGUAAAUUUUGCUCAUCCUCUAAGAUAUACCUACUCACUUGCCUGUGUUUUAGGUACACGAGUUAAAAUGAAAGCAUUCUUAUUUUCCUGGUCCUCUGUUGUUCAGAAUUAGUUUCAAAUGACGGCGAGAGCUGUUGACUCAACUGUGUUUUCAUUUUGGAGGCUAUGAUUUGUAGCACUGCUGAAAAGUUGUGCUGUUACCAGUCUAUUAUUUUGAGAGCCCCUGUGUAGUCAGUGGGCUAGACUAAACAGCAGAAACAGUUUAGUGUUUGGUUCAAUCCAGGUUAAUGGUACCACAAACUACUUCUUCCAUAAUGAUCAUACAGUUGAAGUGCAUCGUUGUUUCAACAUCAGCUGAACAUCAUACCAGUCACGAAGCGAGGAUUCAGUGAAGGACCGUUAUAUAUAUUAGAAUGCAUUUAUUUUCAAUAGUGUAGCUAAUGCACUGCAAGUGAGUGUAUAUGUACUGGUGGUUGGAUAAAACAAGACUGAUGAACAGGUCAACUGUCUUUGCAGAGCUGCGAUUACCAAAAUGAUCAUUUCAGUACUAUACUACACAGCCAGUCAUAAUGAUGCAAUAUUUAUUUGUUUACUAAAGUAUACAUGGGAAAUACUCCUCCAUACAUAAGCUCUUUGCUGUCGCAUAAGCAAAUUAAUUUAUUUUGUCUCUAUUGUCUAUUUGAUAUCGAUAGAGCGCCUGUGGCAACUGUGAAUAACACACGUGAAGGGGUCACAUCAGACCUGAUCAGACUGAACUCACUAUUUAUGGAAAUCCGUUCAUUUAUUUAACGUGGCAUUUAUGUUUACAACCAGUUCAGCUUAAUAUGAGACCCUAGCAGUAGAAAGUCAAGGUAAGUUACAAAACAGCACCAAAGCGACGUGGAUGGUUGCUGAAGACUGAAGCACCUGGACAAUACUACAGAAUAUUUCAGACUAAAAGACAAAAUACCAAAUUACUCAUUUAAACAAAAGCCUUAAGAGUGGUGUUACUUCAUUUUAUUCUGAUGUCAUCAUUUAAUUCAUAAAAUCUGAGAUGACAAAGCCUUUUUUUCCCCUCCUGUAAAUUUUACUAUUGUUUUGGACUGUAUCCGGAUCUCUUCUUCUGUAUGUUUCAUAUGUAAUGUUGUUGUUGUUACAAUCUCACAAAGGGACUUCUGAUAAAACCGAUGAAGAAGCUUCA